UUUGAGUAUUUCAGCAGUCCUGAAGUGGUUUUCAUUUGUGAUCACUACAAAAAGAUAAGUGAGACCCAUUUCCUGGGAUAGGCCAUUCAUGAAUGUGAGAUCUUCAUACUUGCUUUCACAACCCUGUCACUCAUAAUCUUAACCCUUUUUUUUUUUUUUUGCAUGGAACUGAAACUACACCUGUAAAUACUGUUUGUCUGUCUUAGCCUUCUACUUUACCACAUAGUCACUGAACUUGGAAACUUUAUUCUGUUACUGCAUUUUAGUUUUGCAUUUCUUCUUCAUCGUGCAUCCAUCAUCAUUUGUCUGUCUGUUACCUUUGUAACUCUGCUUCUGAUAUGAUACAAAUAAUACCUUUUUAUAUUACUAAUGUAGUUGUCAUUACAACUUAUUAAUUUAAUUGCUAGAAUUCUUUAAAGUCUUUGCAAUGGUAUUGUCUGUUACAUGGUCAUUUUGGAGCAGAUUUUUCACUGUGGGUGCCUACCCGAAGGUGGAAAUAUGUAUGCAGUGUUAUUUACAAGAAUACCUAUAUGAAUAAUUCAAGGUCAUUUUGAAUACUGAGGUUUAUCUGAGUGGAGGGAAUCCUUGCAUGUGCUAGAGAAAUACCAUCGUGACAGAAUGCACUUGUAUGGGAACUGCUGAAUCACAGCCUACACUUCUGAUUGAUCACUUGAGGCAAGCAAUGAGUCAGCCCUGGGAGCACAGGUGAAGGCAAUUCACCUGGGCUGCUGGAAGGGGUGGAGCCUGGCUCUACCUCUCCUAGACCCAUAAGAGCUGACCACCAGUAGGGAAGGAUCUCUUUCUGGAGAUCCCUCCUUUCGAGUUUUACAGUGAACCCAGGAUGAGACUCCAGUUUAAUAGGAAUGUUCCAGCAGUUCCAGAAAACUUAUCUCUCAGAUUCUCUAAUCCACAUCCAAUUAUAAUAGAAAAACUGAAGUCGUCUAAUGAUCAGAGAAAUCUAGGUGGAAGUGAUGACCCCAGUGUAAGAAGCUCUGGUAUGUUUUCAGUGAUAUCUGAAGAGAGACUAAAAUUGGCCAUUCAUCUAGCCAAAAGGGACAUAAAACGAAGGCAUCUUGAAGAGCAAGUGAAGCAACAGUUGUUUGGAGGUGCUGUCAAUAAAUCAUUGUUGGCCCAGAAGUCACAAGAGCAGACAAACAAAGUGUCUGGAAGUCUAGAAAAGAAAAAUGGGCUUGAGUCUCAAACUCAGCUGAAAUAUCACCAGAAACUUGUCCAGCCUUCCAAAAUGAAGACUACCACCUCUGGUACAAAAGUAUAUCUCUACACACCAAAUGAGAGAAUGCUAAUACCAGCUGUUUUAGGCUCUUCGCUCACCCGUAAUACAAGACCAGAGCCCAAGACAAAUGUUAAAAUAAAGGAAAAUAAAAAUAUUCUUGAAAUCCAACGGCUGCAAAAAGAAUUAAGAAGUUGUGUCCAGAAAAUUGAAGACCUAACUAAAAAAGAGAGAGAUGAAGAAAACUUAGAUGCUGAUGAACAGCAACAAGCUUGCACUCAAAGGCAGAAGCAAGCUGCACGGUCAGCUCAGAUGCUGUAUGUACUCCAGCAACAGGUGAAAAAAAUUCAGGAUGAUUUAGAAAAACUGAGUCCUCAUAAAAUCAAACAUACUAAAAAGUCCCGAGCAGUAUCCAGAUUGGCAGCAGCGCACAGAGGAGCUAUACGAGCCUUGCAGGCAUUUGCCAAUCAGUUUACUGAUCAAACAGGGCAAUGGAUUCCUACCCACUACAAGGAGCUGGGCAGUCUCAUUCGACAGCUGUCACUCUGUUCUGCCAAACUAGAACCAGAUUCUUCAACUUCUGAUGUUAUAUUAGAUAUUUUGAUGCAAGUUGAGGAUCUGAUUUCAUUGCUGGAAAAGAAACAAACUCCCAAAAAACUGAAGGAAUGUCUUUCAACAUCACACGGCAAAUCUCCAGUGAACACUGUGACAUUUCCAGUCAGAAAGCAGCUAACAACUCCAAAAGGAGAAAAUAAGCCCCUCAUCUUAAAGGAACGACAUGGACAAGGACCUAGAAAAUCUCCAGCUGCCAGAGGUCUCUUGAUUGAUAAACAUCAAUAUGUUGCAAAAACUUCGGCAGUUCAGAAGAACAAUCACACUCAUAUGUUGCAUGAUAAAUUCCAGGAAGCAAAUGAUCUACCCACUUCAGAAAGAAGUACCAUUUUACAGGGAAGCCUAGAUGCACUAGUGAGACCUAGACCUGUAAAAAAAGAUCGGAUCCUUCAAAGUAGCUCUUUAAGGAAGAAAGACAUGUUAUUACCUGCAAAAUCACAGGGAAUGCCUAGAUCUCUAAAACCAAGGCAAACACAGUCUCCAGGAAAGCAUGCUCGAUUUCAAGAAACAACUAUAGCUUUUCAGUUAAAAGAGAGCAAACGAUUUGUUAAGGAGAGCAGCAUACCCUGGGUGCCUCCAAACUCUACGUUAUCUCCUGCUUCACCUAAACGACUAGCAUGGUGUGAAGCAGAAGCUUCAAGAAUGAAAGUUCUGACUGAUCUUAACAGAAGAGAAAUGAAAAAAGUACGAAAGCUAAGGUUGCAAGGUGCUUCUCCAACUCAGGGUGCAGACAAAGUUGACAAAGCAGUAUGUGAGCACCUAGAACUUCCAUUGGAUAGGGCACAGCAGAUCGAUAUUUCCUUGGAAACAAACUGUAAUUUGAAGGAUUCUUCAAUUAUAAGACAGCUUUCAACUCACGUAGCUGAGAAGAUUGCAGCAAAUGCAGAUAUUCUGAGUGAAAAGGUACUGGAUGAUCUUUUGGAAGAUACUGCUCAGGAACUUUGGAAUAUGGAGCAGCGUAAGAGACUUCAGGCUGAGAAUCUCUUUGUGGCUGAUGGUCCUAGUCUGGAAACAAUGUUGCAAAGAAUGGAAGAAAUUGAAAGAUAUCAGGAAACUGUAUGCAGGAGAUUCACCCAGAUUGUGUACAGUGAUUCAGAAUUCAGGGCCCAAGAGGAUAAAACUGAUCAACAAAUGGCAUUAAUAACUCAAAUACCUACAUCUCCUCAUUCAAUUCAGAUAACCAGAUUAACUAGACAGACAGAACCAGAAACUGACAUUUCAUUUGAAAUUUUUGAUGACAAUGGCACUGACAAAAACAAAGUAGCUCAGGAGAAAUUGCUGACUGGAAAUAAUAUUCUGCAGCCCUUCACUCAGAAUUCUGUGCAGAAAAAGUCCUAUGUUUCUUUCUCAGUUACAAAGCAUAUGCUCCAGAACAUCCUGGAUUACAGCAGCAAAUACAAGCAUCACCUAAACCUUAUUUUCCAUGAAGCAGUAGGCAGCUUCAAUCCAUGGCAGAUUGCUGAAAGGUAUGUGAACUACCUGUAUUUUUGAAGUGAAUCUAUCAGGUGUUUUUUCUGUCCUUAAUUCUUCCCACAAGAGGGCAUUAUAAAUCUUCCUAUAUAAAAUAAGGGUUAAAAAAAUGUUUAGAAGAAACAGUCCCCUGCUAUGCUGAAAAGGUCCUGGAUACAGUAGCUUUAUUAUAUUUCAGAAUAUUUGCAAAACUCUGAAGAUGAACUUCACAGGGGCCAAUAAACAAUUGUGUUUUUACGUUAAAAUAAUUUUCCUUUCUGUUAUGUCCACUGUUGUCUGGAGGCCACUUAUCUCAUUUUUCCUUAAACCUUAUUGCUCUCUGUAAGGCCUCAUUCAGUGGCAACUAAAAUCAGUAAGAUGCUUCCUAUCUACUUCAGUGGCCUUAGAAUGAGCAUCACAGUAUGUUAAUUAUUACUCCUAAAGCAGAAUUAGUAUACAAGAGUUUGAAAAAGGAAGAAACAGAGAUCUCUUAACACCUUUAAGCCUGAAAUAUUUAUCCUUUGCUAUGAACCAGACUAAGGAUAGAAUUCCUCAGGGCGCAAGAGCUCUCCAUCUUCAGGUGUAGCAAGUCAGGAAAGGAAGGGAGGAGACUGACAUUGCUGAACUGGGUUCUGCUAGCCAAAUUGAAGAGCAAGAGGAAUACGCACAGGCAGUGGAAACAGGGACAGGUAUUGUGAGAAGAGUAUAAGGAAGCUGCUAAACUGUGUAGGAAUGGCAUCAGGAAAGUCAAGGCCGAACUUGAAGUAAACUUAGCAAGGAUGCCAAGAAGAACAGGAAAUGUUUCUAUUUCUAGUUGAGAUACCUAAACCAGAAAAGGAAAGUCCAGGAGGCUGUACUCCUCUUAGUGAGUGACACAGGCAAGCUGGUAACAAAGACAAGGAGAAGGCUGAGGUACUUAACUUUUUUUGCCUUGGUCUUCCCUGAUGACUGCUCACCACACAGUCCUGAAAUGUUUGGUUCUGUAGGAGGGAACUGGGGAAGCAAUAUCCUGUAAGUGUAACUGUAAGUGAAGAUCAAGUUCAUGACCACAUGAAAAAGCUGAACAUCCAGAAGUCUAUAGGUCCCCAUGUGUUACAUCCCAGAGUCCUAAGAGAAUUAACUUAUGUAAGCCACUCAGUGAUACUUGAAAAGUUGUGGCAAUCGGGUGAAGUCCCUGGUGACUAGUUAAAAA